AAAUGUUAUAAUUUAACCAAAGUUGAAAUAACCCAAGAAAACGAAUCCCACGCUGAAUUACGUUCGUUCGUUCACAAACGUAAAGAUCUGAAGCUGAUAAAAAAAUUUGAAGUGUGAAUUGGAAUGUAUGGUGUAGAUCUGGAGAGGUCGAUAAACCCCAAUUUGUUUGCUUAGUCGGCAAUGAGGAUUCUGCAACUUGGUUUGUUUCUUGCUUUAGCAUCUGGAUUUGCAGCCAUUUCCAUUUACAUCACCGGCCUCUCUGAUCCUUUUGUAUAUCCCAGUUAUCACCUCACGGAUGAAGACACCCAAGCAUUGCUUUCCCUGCACGACACUUUCCAGAAGUGUGUGAGUGCAAAUGGACUUGGCCUAAAAGCAACCAGGGGCACAGAUUAUUGCCAAACCACAAUAAAUUUCCCCAGUGACACCAUCCCCAAAUGGAAAGAUCCCAAAACCGGUGAACUUGAAGCUCUGUCUUUUGAUUUAAAUCUAUGUGAAGCUGUGGCUACAUGGGAACAAGUGCGAAACAGUACCACUAUACUUACCAAGGAAUUCAUUGAUUCUUUACCAAAUGGAUGGGAGGAAUAUGCAUGGCGUAGGAUCAAUAAAGGAAUACAGCUCAACCGCUGUGAGAACAAGACCUUGUGCAUGGAGAAACUUUCACUGGUUCUCCCUGAAACACCACCAUACUUCCCAAGACAGUUUGGACGCUGUGCUGUUAUUGGUAACUCGGGAGAUCUCUUGAAAACAAAAUUUGGAAAUGAGAUAGAUGGUUAUGAAGUUGUCAUUAGAGAAAAUGGUGCUCCAACACAGAACUACACUGAUUACGUGGGUAGGAAAAGCACAUUUCGCCUUCUAAACCGAGGAUCCGCCAAAGCACUGGAUAAAGUUGUAGAGUUAGAUGAACAAAGAAAAGAAGUCUUGAUAAUAAAAACAACAAUUCAUGACAUCAUGAACAAAAUGAUUCGGGUAUAUUUCCUUGUCAAGGGAAACCACCUUCUAAAACCCUUGCUUUGUAUUUACAUGUCACACAUUCUAUCCGACACUUGCAAAGCAAUUGAUUUUUGUCUUCUGCAGGAGAUUCCUAUAAAAAAUCCUGUGUACCUCAUGCUAGGUGCAUCCUUUGGCUCAGCAGCAAAAGGAACUGGACUUAAAGCUCUUGAAUUUGCUCUCUCUAUGUGUGAUUCAGUGGAUAUGUAUGGUUUCACUGUAGAUCCUGGUUAUAAAGAAUGGACAAGAUAUUUCUCUGAAUCCCGUCAAGGCCAUACCCCGUUGCAUGGUAGAGCUUAUUACCAGAUGAUGGAGUGCUUGGGGCUUAUCAAAAUUCAUUCUCCCAUGCGAGCUGAUCUAAAUCGUGUUGUAAAAUGGGUUCCAAGCCGCCAUAUUAUAAGAUCUGCUAGAAUUGCAUCAGAGAAAUUACUGAGGAGAGUUGGAGCAGGAUCUGAAGAUCCACUGGCUGCAUGUUCCAUAAUUAAGAAGCAAGUAAAAAGAAAUCUAAAUGCAGUUUCAAAGCUCAGAAAGGCAGCACUUGAUCAUUUACGGUAUGUGAAAAGAACAACCAUGUAUCCUCUAGAGCAUAGUCCUGGACAUGGGUCGCUUUGCACUGUGCCAACUGAUUAAACUGUUGGGAAGCAUCCAACCCCAUCAUUUACAAAAUUAUCCGUUUUUUUACCUUUUCCAAAAUAUGUCAUUAACUUGACAAAAUGGCAAUGAAGCUUCCUACUCACCAGCGUAGUGGUAAAUCAAGGAAAUUUAUUUAAUCUUUCUCAUUUUUUUCUUCUUUCUGUUUUGAAACUUUUGAAGGACUUAAAAUUUGGUUAGGGAGAGGAUUACAGAACAGCUAGGACAAAAUUUUGAGGCAUCUGUAAUGCUUAGUUUAAUUAUAACAAAUUGAGCGGUAAUGAAUAACUUUUUUUUUUCUUUAAA